AUGGCUAGUAAUCUCUUCAUCCCGAUACACUGCGGAUGGAUAAACUAUGAAGAGCCGUUGGAGCAUAACAUUUUUCAAGAGUUGUGCCUUGUCGCUUCGGCGAUGACUGUGGGUGUCCUGACCGACAACCAAACAGUGUGGGAUUUCGUUGUGAAACAUCUCCAGUCUGGGGAUGGAAUGGGAAGUAUCCAGGUGUCAUGGUAA